AUGGACACCUUUGCGGUGGAACCGUAUGAAGACGCGAUUUCCCACUGGCCGGGCGAUGGCCAAGUGAUUCUAGCUCAGUACACGUCGACACACGUCGUGGUGUACCAAGCGUACAAUGCAUCCAUUGCGGGCGCACUGCAUGACAUGAAUGACGUGGAUCAAGCCCAGGCUCGCAACCAAGAGCGCGUUGUAGUGCUGGUGCUGAAGCGACCAGCAUUUGACGCAGUCGUCCGCGAUUGUAUUUCCUUUUGUAAAUUUCAGUAA